AGAAGUGAAUCGACACAAAUGAUACAACAGAGCGAACGUGCCCCAUACAAAAUUCAUAUCUUGAAUUAGCUGCCAGAGGCAACCACAACAAAUCCUGUUUCUCAAUUCUAUGAUGUGCAUCCAUAGGGAGCUUAGUAUUGUGAAUUUUUUUAAUUUCCUAUUGACAGUCUCAAACACUGACAGAAAAACAUAAAACCGGUAUGAAGAACCAGGGUGCACAGUUUCUUUUGUUAUUAUAUCGUACUGGUACGGUACUGUACCGGUACACAAACGCUGCAGUGAUACCAUAUCCAACAAUCCACCCGAAUAAGCACGUGACACGCAAUCAAGGUCCUAGGAAGGGUUUAGGGUUAGGGUUCACAUUUCAGGGUCUCCAAGAUGAAAGUGAAGGUUGCUGCCAAGAAAUUAUUUACCAUGCACAAGAAUGUCAAGGACCUAAACCUCACGACAAUUUGGUCCGAUACGAUUGCCAGACACAAUCGCGGAGCCCUAUCUUAUAACCUCCGGCGGGUCGUGAAGCUGCGAGGGUUUCCCCGAGCUUGGCAAAAAAAAUAAAAAAUAGAAUCAUAACUUGGGUAUAUAACUGCCGCCGCUCCCUUUCCUUCAAUUUUCCUCCACCAACAGUAUCACAACACAACAGCCUCCCAAAAACGAGAUGGCCACUGGUUUGUGUUACGACCGUCGCAUGACUAGCCAUCGCAUACUCGAGGGGGAACACCCCGAAGAUCCCAGGAGAAUCUCUGUUAUAUACGAAAAGAUUGUCAAAUGCGGGCUUGUCAACGAUCCAGAACUCUCUGGAACAAGCAACCCCGAGGAUCCCGGAUUGAUGGUUAGAAUUGAGGCUAGGGAGGCAACCGAACAUGAAAUCGGCCUAAUCCAUAGCCGCGAUCAGUUUGAAUUUGUUCAAGAGCUUGAAGGUGAGAUCAACGAUCAGCUGUUUGCUUAUGACAUGCUAAUACUGUCCUUUUACGAUAGAUCGCGACGAUGAAGAACUGAUCCUGAUGACUCAUGAGGCUGAUUCUGUUUACUUUAACCGGCAUACUUUUAUGUGUUCUAAGCUUUCUUGUGGCGGGGCAAUUGAAACAUGCCUUCGGGUUGCCCAAGGCCACGUAAAAAAUGCAGUCGCAGUGGUUAGGCCACCUGGUCACCACGCGACUCCUGACCGCUCGAUGGGUUUCUGCAUCUUUAACAAUGUCUGUGUGUCCGCCAAGGCUCUGCAGGAGAAGGUGCCUGAUAUCAAGAAGAUUUUAAUUCUCGAUUGGUAACUAUGCUGAAAUUUAUCUGAAAUUUGGAAGGAGGAGGAAGCUAUCGGAAUACUAACAAGUUCUCUUGAUCCACUCUUUUUAGGGACAUUCAUCACGGCAAGUGAAACAAGAUAAGGUUUUAUUAUGAGAUUACGAUAACUAACUAUUACACGUUUUUCCAGGAAAUGGCACUCAGGAUGCAUUUUACAAUGAUCCAUCUGUAUUGUAUAUUUCCCUCCACAGGUUCGAGAAGGCAACCUUCUAUCCGAACGACCCCAAAGGAGAUUCCAAAUUCUGCGGCUCAGGCCAAGGCACCGGAUUGUAAGCCCUUCUUUCUCUUUUAUUCCUAUUACUCUCGGACAGGCUAACCGUUUCAGCAAUGUAAACAUCCCUUGGACUGAAGGCGGUAAGCUGGACGGCGAUUACAUAUAUGCCUUCCAAAAGCUUGUAAUGCCGAUAGCCCUGGAAUAUAACCCAGACUUCGUUAUUGGUAAGCGCUCUAGUAUUUCUGCAGGUUUCCUCUAGCUACCGUUGAGCCAGAAUCUGAUAGUUAAAAUUCUGAUUUGAACAGUCUCAGCUGGAUUUGACGCGGCUGCCGGAGACGAGCUCGGCGAAUGCUAUAUUACACCCGCCGGCUUUGCCCAUAUGACCUACAUGUUAAUGAGCCUAGCAAAAGGCAAAAUGGCACUUUGUUUAGAGGCAAGGCACCAAUUCGGUUUAGUUGAAUAGGUUCUUAUACAGCUUGUAGGGAGGAUAUAAUCUAUCCUCAAUCUCGGAUUCCGCGCUUGCGGUCGUAAAGGUAUUGAUGGGCCAAGCGCCCGAGAAGAUACUGGAUCCAGUAGCGUCCCCUGCGGCCGCAAAGGUAGUUCAGGAGUGUAUUGCUAUCCAAAUGAGGUAUUGGCGCUGUUUGUAUUCAGCUGGCUCACUAAGUCCAACCCCCUUUGAUGACUAUUGUUAAAACUUUACUGAUUGAAUUGAUUAGGGCCUUCCGAGAGAGGUAAUGGACUUUCUUUAGAUGGUUAGAAUAUACCCAUCUAACUGGGGUCGCUCCUUUGCUAAUAACUUUUAGUUGUAGUACGAGCGUGGCAAGAGAAAAUCUUGUGGGACAAGUAUAAGAUGUCGUCAGCACCGGUCAUGCAUCCGUCGGGUCUUGUAUUUGAUAACGCGCUCCUCAUGUCGUAAGUUCUCCUGCCUCCCAAGCCUCCCAAGCUGCAGCGGUUCGCUUUGAAAGGGAGUUAUCUGGUUAGCAAAAUUGGUCGAGAUUGCUAUUGUGGAAUUCAAUAGCAUGGUUUCCAGCUCGUUAUAGGGCCCAGAAUUGAUGCUAAUAUAAUUCAGGGAAAAUUGUUCUACCGCCAAAGUUAUUGUGAUGCUUGUACAUGAACCGUAAGUAUCCCGUAACCAGGGGGUAUAAAGCUUAGGAUAGUGCUAAUUAAUUCUGGAGGUUAAGGCCGAAGAUACAUGCUACCGUUGAUACUACAGACUCGAAGGAGCUCGAUUUAGACGAUCUCGAAUUGGUAGUCUCCAUCCAUCUAUCUCCCCUUGGUUGUUGACAUGUCUGUCAGUCCGUUAACCUGUUAUUCCCGCCAUAUUGAAGAUUGAUCCUGUCUACUUUUAUAUUCGUUGGGCCUUUGAGCAGCAAUUCGGGAUAGUAGAUGUUAGUCUUCCACUGCGUCAGCGGUCUCAGGCAGUAAGUUUCCCGAUGGUUGUGCCGGAUGAGAAUGAAGAUACUAAAAAUUAUACUUUUCCCUUUAGCACAGCGCAACAAAUACGCUACGAGGACAACCAGAGUCCCUUUGUGAAUACCUUUGGGACAACUAUAUUGAGUACUCCAUCCCUCUAUUCCCCCCCCCCCCUUUGUAUCCCCUGCCGAAUAGAGUAUAAAGUUUUCAUAUUUUUAACUUUAAAAAAUAUUUCCGCGUACAGGCUCCAGAACGCGGAGAAUGUUUUGUUAAUCGGCGUCGAAGAAGGAGUUUCGGGCCUUCUCCAUAUGCUAACUGCUAGAAGUAAGAGAGUCAUACCCUCCCGCGGUAAUCCACGAUUAACGUACCGUAAAAUCUAGAAUGCGAGAAAAAGGUCAAGGCUUGUGUAGGCUUUAUAUGCGCCGCAAACAUGCAGUCAAUACUGUAUGGUGGGAUUAAAGAUCAAGGACUCACAGAGUGGUACUUCAAUGCACGUAUUUUCUUGUCAACUGUCUGCCUUAACAGCUACCAUUUCAAGCUAAUCUUUUUCUCUCAAAAGACCUCGCUACUAUUUGUUGGAUCCAAUCAUCUCUACUGGGAGAGUAACAAAUCUCGUCGCAAGAAGUAUGGUAAUUGCAAACUUGCUGAUGGGGACGUCAUUUCCACGGUCAUGUUGAAUUCCCAAGAGGAAGCAGCUAGCUUUAUGUUGAGCAAAAUAACUGUUAAGGCGACUAAGGACGACGGCUGCGACGACGAUGACAAAAACCGUGAUAAUAGAAAUGGCGAAGGUGAGAAGGGGGUGGUCACCGAAGCACUGAUUGUGGCUUAAACGGUCACUAUAUUGAUAUCCUUUCUCCCAUAAAAACAAAACCAUUUGCUGGAUCAUUUUUUUCCCUCUGUUUUAAUCUAUCGGGCUGGAGUUGGCAGUUUAUCUUUCCUUGGGGCAUACAUGGAUGGUUGGCGUUCUUAAAUAAAUAAAUAAACCUCUUUUUUUCUUUUUCUUUUUCCCCCUUUUCUCUCUCUCUCUCUCUGAUCUGUCAUACUCCUGUAUCCCAUAUUCCGGUGUUAUUCCGCAGUCUGAAUUCCAGGAUCCCGAAUUUGCGAGUGACAUGAUAUGACAUGAGAAGUGUAGAUUAGCGAGCCCGCCUGAAUCAUGUACCAAUCCGUAAUGAUAUAUUGCCUAUACCGGGCAUCAAUCCCGGCAAGCACAUGCAAGAGC